GCGCUCCCCGCGCCAACAGUCGCAUUGCUGCUAGCAGAUAUUGCACUGAGUCGCUCCAGACAACCCAACCCAACCGUCAACAUGAUGAAGAUGAUCGCCGUCGUGUUCGCGUGCCUGGUGGCCGCCAGCUCCGCCCAGCUGCUCGUCGGCGGGCUCGGUGACACCACCUGGUCCCACGAGUCCACCGCCCAGCAGCACUCCCCCUGGGCCGCCAGUGCCAGCACCCGCUCCCAGGUGCACGGACCCGACGCCGCCGUCGUGGCCGCCGCCCCCAUCCUGACCGCCCCCGUCGUCCACCACAGCCCCCUGAUCGCCGCCGCCCCCAUCGGGUACGCCGCCCCCCUCGUUCACUCCGGCCUGCCCCUCGCUUACGCCCUGAGGCGUUGAGCGGCAAGCCCGUGGACGCGCGGCUGGCGUGACGUCACAGCGACACCGGAGUGACGUCAUCACGCCGCGCCCUCGGCGGACGGCGGCGGCGGGUUGUCCCUGAGCGCUCAGCCGCCGAUGUCUGCCUGCAGCAAGCCGCGGACUGGACGGGACAGACCUCGCACACCGAGGUGGUCCCGGCUUCUCUCUCCGUUACGGCUCUCCGCUGCUCCUCUCCCUGGCUGUGUUUAGCCGCGGUCGCGGGUGGGACUUCCCCGGGACUCCGCGGGCCUGUGGUGGCGCGCCCUGCGGCCUCGGUCCGAAAGGCUCGCGCCCCCACGAGCGCCCCGUGGACCCCGAGCCCGCCCGCACCGCGGCGCCCUCUGUCUGUCUUUUCAUUUCAAAAAUAAAUUAUUGUGAUAUUCCCACGCCA